AUGGAGGUACCCUCGUCUGCAGCGGCACCCUCCACAGGGGGGCUCCAGGGGCGCACGGCUGGCCCGCAACAGUCCGCAGGGGGGACUCGAGAGCCUCAGAGGCACUCCUACGGCACAUGGGGGCUGCAAGAAGCCUCUACACAAGUAGCUUCCAACUUAGGAGGCCAGGUGACCUUACAGCAGGCGCUGGGGGACUCGUCAGCCGCCGCUGCAAGGCCUCCCCUAGGCGCCCCCGAUGAGGAGCCGCCGCAGCAGAGGGCUACUGCUGCUGCAGCGGCUGCAGCAGCUGUGUCGCUGUACACUCCGGCUGAGCUGGAGAAGCUGAAGCACUACGAUGAGGAGCUGUUUGCUGCUCUAGAAGUGUCGCGCUGCUGCUGCUGGUCCGCGCCUAUCGCCUCUUUUGCUGCCAAAUAUGCAGCGCAGCAGUCAGACCUCACGACAAAGCGCGUAGAAAAGUAUCUUCAGAGACGGACUCACAUUUACAGACAUGUGGACGAUCUGCUGCUGGGGCUGGGAGGCCUCCUCGACCCAGAGGAGGCAGCAGCCGCUGCAGCAUCUGGUGCAGCAGCAGCUGCAACAGCAGAGGCAGCUUCUGCAGACGGAGCAUCUCCCGAUAGUCCAGGCAAGGCAGAGGACGGGGAGCACCACCCGCAACAGCCGCACGCUGCCACUAACAGCAGCAGCAACAGCAACAGCAGCAGGAGCAGCAGCGAGAGUCAGCGGCGAGCCCUGAAAUGGACUACGAAGAAGCUCCGGUGGAUUUGCGACGACGAGCUGCAGAGGCAUCCUCUCUUGCUGGAGGGCCCCGUAGCUCUGAAGUGCUGCGUCUUUGGGGAAGCCAUAGAAGCUGCUGUCCGCCAGGGCCUGAGGGAAAAACGUUUCUUCUGGGAAGCGCCUGAGGAGCCGCCGCCACUACUUUCUCCAGAUACCGCGGCCACCAGCAGCAGCGGCAGCAGCAGCAGCAGCAGCAGCAGCAGCAAGGACAACAGAAGCAGAAAUGAGGCCUUGAGGCGUGCAAGACGCGAGCAGAUCUUGGUAGAGAUAUUUACUGCUAAUGGAGGCAGCAAGUCGUUUUUGAAGCAGCUCCUGCAGCGGCUAGACGAACUGCCCGACCUACAUUUGCCAUUUAGGGCCCCCAAGUCUUUUGAGGGGCCCCUAAAGUCGACCUCAGAGUCGACGCCAGCAGCCCCUGGCCAGCAGGUGCUGCCCUGCAGCAGCAGCAGCAGCAGCAGCAGCGGUGGCGCCAGCGCAGCGCCGCCCCAGAGUCAACAGCAGCAGCCAAGCAGCAGCCAGCAACUGCAAGGCGAAGCCCAAAGUGAGAGACAGGCAGCCCCGAGACUUCUUACAAAUGGGAAUGCCCAGGGGCAGCAGCUAAAUCUUGGCAGCCCCCAAUCACAAGACCCCUUGAAUUCUGCUGCGGCCUUCUCUAGGCCCAUCAGGCAGACGCUGGGUACUGAAGUAUCUGCAGCAGAAGCAGCAGCUCCAGGGGCCUCGAGUACACGCAGCAACGCGCCUCCAGCAGCAGCAGCUGCUGCUGCUGCCGUUGCGGCUGGUGACACUUGCAGUAGAACAGCAGGGGCAGCUCGCGAAGGGAAUCCACUUGAAAUGACGGGAGACCAGCAGAACGGGUUUAGGUGCUCCCGCUCGAUGCUUCGCCUUCUGCUGCACGUGGGGCAGCAGCACUUGCUGCAGCACCGGGUCUGCCUGAGGUCACCCACUGCAAGAAAGGCUGUUUCUGCUGCUGCUGCUUCCGCUGCUACAGCUGCUGCGGAUGCGUCCUACGAGGCACAGGAAGGAAACGAACGGCCUGUUAAUUCACAAGGGGAAAGUGCGUGCAGCAGCAGCAGCAGCAGCACCAGGAACAGCAGCAACAAAGCUCCAAACGAUGGCUGCCCAUCUUCCGCUACCACGGAGAGUGGCUUGACCCGUAAAAGAGAAAGAAGCGCAUCGACGUCUCAGCAUGCAGCCGGUGUUGUUGAAGCAGCAGCAGACGGCGGAGUUGCUGCUGCCCAAGCUGCCGCCACAGUUAUGCCGUCUUCAUCAGAAGCUGCAGCAAACAGUCACACUUAUUCCUCUCAGGAGAGCCGACACGCAAGUAAAGCUGGAUCACCGCCUCUGGUGUCUCUUGCUGUAGCGCCGGCAGCCGCGGCUGCUGCUGCUGCUGCAAGUGCUUGUACAGAUGACAACAGCAGGCCUUCGAGUCCGCGCCAAGAUCGACGCAACAAAGCGACAGCUCCUGCUGCUGCAGCUGUCACAGCGAAGAAGCGCAAAACUGGCCUGCCCAGCCCCACAGUUCGUGGCUUACUAGCAGCAGCAAAAGAUGGAGCACCACCAGCAGCAGCAGCUGCUGGUCCUGCUCUGCCGGGGCUGGCACCGUGGAGCCCUCGCGACCACCGUUUUGUUAGCGAAGGGACAGGACGAACCGCUUGUUUGCUGCUGCAGCGGAUCGCCAUGAGACUUCUGUUCGCUGCAGCUCUGUGCAGCAGCCAAUACAGCCUCCCGGUGCAGCAGCUGCAGCGAUUUGUAGCGGCGCUUGCUGCUGCCCUGAAGCCCUGCCUGGAAGCUAUCAGAGAAGCUGGCGAGCGAGUGCACCUGCCGCAGCAGCAGCAGCACCACCACCACCACCAUCACAAGCAGCAGCACCAAGAACAGAACUCUUGCUGCAGUGGGGUGCCUAACUUAGAGGGGACCCUUUUGGACUAUGUUGCUAUACCGCUCUGCUACGGACUUGCUGUUGUUGCUGGCCGCCCUUGGAUGGGCAAGCUGCAGCAGAAUGCAGCAGCAGAACUCUACGCGCUGCUGUUGGCUGCGGAUGCUGCAGUGCAUGCACACCGUCCGCUGCAGCAGCUAGUAGAGGCACUCAGCAGCAGCGGUCGCAGCAGCAGCAAACUGCUCCAACUGCAGCAAGCGAAACAGCAGCUGCAGCAGGACGCGGCGCUGGAAGAGCAGCAAAGUGGCCAGCCAGGCUUUUUCCCCUAUCCCCCCAUCCACCCGUCGCUGCGAGUUGUGGAGACGCCCCACCCGUACUCACGGCUGCACGCAGCAGGAGCUGAGGAGGCAGCAGCAGCGUGGGCCAGCAGCAAGGGCGUCAAGCUAUCGCAGCAGCAGCAGCAGCAGCAGCACUUCUUCUACGCACACGAGGUUUCCUUCCCUGCUGCGUCGCACAUAGUCCUCCUCUUUGACCCGAAGUCCGAGACCGAAGGCUCUCAAGAUGUUCUCACAGUUUACCGGGGCCUUUGGAGCUGCGCGCCGUCAGAGGCUCCCCCAGAUUGUUUGGUAGCUGGGCCCUUCAGUGGCUCCAACAAAGAAGAGCCAGAGGGCCCCCCAGCCAAAAGCACUGCUGCUGCGAGGGCCCCCUGGCCCCGCGAGGCCCUGGUGGUGGAGGCCCAGGCCCUGACUCUCUUCUUCACUGUCUGCGAUAAGCCCAGUGCAGCUGCUGCUUCUAGUUUGAGGCCAAAGGGCUCUCUGUGGGGCUUCAGAGUCUACUGCUUAGGCCAGCAGUGGGCGAUGCCGCCAGCAGCAGCGGCAGCUGCUGCUGCUGCCGCUGCUGAGCAGGAACAGCCCUGCAGCAGAAAACGAAGCUACACCGCUUUUUCCAAGGAUGCCGAGGCUGCGCCAAGACCUGCACCAGCAACUACUACUCCCCACGAGUCGUUACUUGAGCCGCACAACAGCAGCAGCCGAAGCAGCAACAGCAACUGCAGCAGCAGCCAGCAGGAGGAUCCUGAGAAGUCUUCGUGUGCCCCGUUGCUUUCUCAGCGGCAGCAGCAAGAGGGCCCCCACCUGCUGCUAGAAUUCGUGUCGGCUUGUGCUGCUGGUGUUGCUGCAGCAACAGCAGCCCUGCUGAGGGCUCCGCCCCCUGCUGCACACGAGGCGCAGCUAGAAGCUGCAUUCAGCUCUCUGCUGUUCGCCGGCGGCUACAAGAAGGAGAGGCCCUCCUGCGUGCGCAGGCUGCCCCGCCUCAAGGGGCCCCCCAGCACUCUUCAUUUGCUGCAGCCCCAAGACAAGGGCCCCGACAGCUGCCACCGGGGCCCCAGCAGCAGCUCUCUAAGGGCCGAGGACACAUGCAGUCUGGAGGAUGAGACUUUGGAGUGCGGCGGAAAUCGGCAGAGCCGGCAGCGGCUGCAGAGGCAGCAGCCGCAGCAGCGGCAACGGCAGCAGCAGCAGCAGCAGCUGGACUGGCAGCAGCAGCCAGGAAGUGAGAUGCUCACCUCAGCUCCAGAAGCCCCCUUUGCCCCCUCUGCAGCUCACGCGUUGCUCCCUCGCGAGACCCCUUCCUCAGCUGUGCCAGCCGAUCUGUCGGAGGGGCCCCUUCGGGGGCACCUCGAGGGGCCCCUACGGGGCGCCCCUGCACGGGGGCGCUCCUUGGGGCCCUCCAGAGGCCCCUCGGAUUUCAACUCUGGCAGCUCCUUCGAGUCUUUACCCCGGCGGAUCUCCCGAACCUCUCAAGCUAGACCUUCUAAUGGCCCUCUGGACAACUGCCUGGGUGCCGCAGCUGCAGAGGCCUUUACCCUCACGCACCCAGGCCGCGGCAGCGUCACGCACCCAGGCCGCGGCAGCGCGCAGCAGCAGCAGCAGCAGACGCAGCUACGCCAGGAAGACCUCUCUCUGGGGCGGCCCCAAACGAAUGGAGGCGAUGUGCGGUGUCACCAUGAGGCAGCGGCAAACCCACAGGCAGCUCCUGGAGCUGCUGCGGGACAACAGGAAUUGGCUGCGCAAAAUGGGCUCGCAACGGACGCAGCAGCAGCGAAUGCGGCAGCAGCUGCUGCUGCCGCUGCUGGGGAAGCAGCAGAUGCAGCAAGUGGCGCUGCUGCUGCUGCUGGGGAGGCAGCAGCAGGCGCCUGGCGUCAAAGCCUGGUUCUGCUGCCUCCCGUUGCUGCGCCCGCGUGGCAGGCGGAGCUGCAGCACCUCCAGGCCCACCCAGAAAGCAUUUGCUACAUUCUGUGGAGAGGGAGGCCCCUGGGAAGAGCCCUUGGCCUGGUGCUGGAUGCAGCAGCAGCAGCUGUGGGGCGGCGGGGGCCCCACAGGUCUUUGGGGGCUGUGAGGAGGGCCUCAACUGGGGGUGCGCUCUUGAGUGAGACUGUGGGGGGCCUCAGCCUGCAGCUGGCCAUCAAAGCCUACUGCUGCUGCCUGCUGCACCACCUGCGCAUGCAGCGGCUGCUCGUGUCGCUGCUGCUGGAGCUGCUGAAGCGGGAGCCAGAGCUCGCCGACGCAGCGGCAGCAGCAGCUAAACACAGCAGCAGCAGCACCAGCAGCAGCAAUUUGGAAACCCUUGUAAGGCGGCAGGCGCUGUGGCUUUCUGACGAGCAGCAGUUUGCUGCUGCUGUGUGCGUCUGGUCGGGGGGACGGACUUUGAGACAGUGGGUGGUGGGUGAGAGGCAGCGAAGCGUAUUAGCUGCUGAGGGCAACAGAAGAGACCUUGCUGCUCUUCCUAGUGGUGGUGGUGCUGCUGCUAAGGAGGAGCAAAGGCGGCAGCUGCAGCAGCAGCUCGAGCAACAGCAGACUCUCUCCUGCUACUCUUUUUGGGCAGCAGUUCUCCUGAGCAAGGCAGCUCUUCUCAUGAGGCUAAAGCCCUUUUCUCUUCGGCAAAGAGACAAGGAGGAAAGGCGCCUGCCAUACAGUCUCGUUGCGGCAGGCCUAGAGCCCACUGCAACAGCAGCAGCAGCAGCAGCAGCACGAGCGCACGCUUUCAGAGGAGGGCUUCAGCUUCGGAGGCGAACGUGCCAAGACGGCGUGUGGGACAGCAGCAAAAACAGCAGCCCCAGUGAUAUUCCGCGCCUCGGCAGCAGCAGCUUGACACACCUCAGCAGCAACUGCAGCAACAGCAGCCUGUUGCUGCACAGCACGGAAGCAGAACACCUUGCGGCUGCUGCUGGUACAGCAACAGGAAGGCAUUCCCUCGCGUCGACGCCCAUCUCCACCUCAUAUGUUGCACACACAGCCGCAGUAACAGCUGCUACACUUGCUGCUGCUGCUGCUGCUGCUGAUGUUGCCCCCCAAAACUCAGAAGCAGAUAUCACGGAAGAAUACAGUCAGCAAACUCUUGUGAGAGCUUUGUCCUCCCUGGCUGCUUUGGAUGUCAGGGGGCCAUUCAUACCUCUAGGCUCUCCAGAUGCAUUCUCUACCACCAAAGCAGCAGCAGCAGCAGCAGCAGCAGCAGGAGAUGCAAGGACUGCUGCACCAGAUCAGCGGGUCAGCCGCUGUAAGAAGGCGUUUGCCAAGUGGCAGCGUAUGCAGAAGUGGAGGGAAGCGAGGCAGCUGCAGCAGCAGCAGCAACAGCAACAGCAAGAAGUAGAGGCUGCUGCAAAAAGCGUCUCCCACGGAGUUGCUGCAGUUUUCUUUGCUAAGCCUCCUGCUCUGCCGCCGACUGCAGCGCGAGCGCUUGCUGCAGCUUCGCGUGCAGUGCAGGCAGCAGCAACAGCUGCUGCUGUCACCGGCGCCACCUCUGCCAACUCAGAGACGCAAGAGCAACGCCAACGGCUAGCGACUCUUGCUGCUGCUGCUGCUGAGUCGGCUGCUUCUGCAGUGCGUUCGGCAUGCACUGCAGCAGCAAACGCAGCAGCAGCAGCAGCAGGACCCACGGCCGUAGCUGAGUCGCCCAAUUCUGAUGCUGCUGCUGCCGCGGAGAACUCCAAAAUGACGCUUGAGACAGUUUUUCCCGAAGGCCGUGACCAACAGCUGUUGUUGGUGCGCUGUCUAGGCAAGGCAGCAGCUGCAGCUGCAGCAGAAAUGGUGAGAGAGGUCACUGCUGCUACGGCUGCUGCUUCUGCAGCAGCUGCUGCUGGCGAUCCAGUAGCGUCGCUUCAGCAGCAAGCAGCAUCGCAGUCGGACUCCACAGUGCUGCAUCCGAGUGCUGCAGCAGCACAAGGAGCAACAGAUGCGGAGGGCAGGAGCUCGAAUUUCCCAGGUGGGGCACUUGCUGCCUCACUCUCCACUGCCUCCGAGGCUGCUGCUGCUGCAGCAGAUGCAGAAGACGAAGCAGCAGCAGCAGCGGCUUCUCCCUCCGGUCCUCUGGACGACCUGAGCUGCAUGGCAGAUGCGCUGCGGCAGCGGCGGCUGCGAGCUGAGGGAAUGCUGCAGGGUCUAGAUUUGCUGCACCACGCGCUGCUGUCUCUGCGGAGCCCCUUGCCUCUUUAUUUGCUGCUGAAGGUGCUGCGCUCUAUGGGCCGCGAGACGCCCUUGGGGCUGCCGCUGCCUACUUGGGGGCAGCCGCCAGACGGGGGGUCCCAGCUGCAGUACUUGGGUUGGGGAAUAUGCAGCAGCAACAGCAGCAGCAGCAGCAGCAGCAGCAGCAGUCUGCCCUGCUUGCCGCGCUACCCCCUGUUCAGGCCUUAUGAGUUCCCAGAAGACGAAGGCAGGGGCCCCCAAAGAGAGCAGCAAAAGCAGCAAGGUGACUUUUGCUGCUCCGUCAGAGGCUGUGGGGUGCAGCUAGAGAGGCAGCUGCGGCUCUUUCACUACCGCGCCGUGGCCGUGGCAGUGCAAUUGGCGAGCACGCAGCAGCAGCAGCAGGAGCAGUUGUGUGCUAUGCGUGGAGUUGACGAACGGGCCGCGCCACGCGCGGAGGAUUGCCGCGCAGGCACUGAUGCAGCUCCUGUUGCAGCUGCUUCUGCUGCUGCUGCUGCUGCUGCUGCUGCAGCUGAACGCACACAGGAGCCCUUCUUGCCGCAACAAUGCCUCAUGGUGCGCAAUGCUGCACUGUCUGUUCUAGGGUUUAUCGCCUUUGCUGAACGAGACAUAUUAGCGCUGCAACGCAUUGGCUUGAUAGACGUCGCCGUGGCUGGAGCCCUUCCUGCGCAGCAGCAGCCUCAGCAGCAACAGCCUCAGCAGCAGCAAGAGCAGCUGCCGCCUCCUCCCCUCUACGACAGGCUGCUGCUGCUGCUCAUAAUCUGUCUCCGCGCUGCAGCAGCAGGCCACAGGUCCCGCCUCCUCGCCAUCCGCUUCUGCAUCGACUUAGCGCUGAUUGCAGCUCUGCAAACCGCAGCAGCACAACUUGCUCCGCAGCUGCAGCAGCAGCAGCAGCAACACAACAAGAUGCAGGCAGUCCAGGAAAUGAGCCUCUUCUUGUCUUGGGAAUCGACGACUCAUCUCUUUGCUUCCCUCAUGCUCCUCCUUCUAUCGAAGUGUCUGACGUCUGAUUCAUCGGCAAUCUUGCAUCAGCACGUUGCAACAGCAGCAGGAGCAGCAGCGGCAGCAGAAGCAGCAGCGGGUACGGCCGGUACCCCACUUCCGUCUGCCGCUGCAGCGUAUGACCACUGGUCUCCCUCCGGCUCUCACAACUGGCGGCUGGACCAUAAAGGAGCGAUGGAUUUGCAGACUUGCUGCAGCACGCCCUGCUGCUGCAGCAGCCCCGGCGUCCCACUAGAGUGGGGAUGUUACUGCUGCAGCUCCGCAGCUUGCUGCUUCCGUUUGAUUCUCUCCUCUGAUGCGCUGGGCGCUGCAGUAGCUUUGCUGCUUGCUGCAGGCAGCCCUAGGCUGCAGCGACAGGCCGCGCUGCUGCUGAAGCUGCUGCUGCCCUUCAGCAGCCCCCAGCAUGCAGCUCGCUUUUUGCUGCCGGCCCUCAGAGCAGUUGCUGAGGCCCCCACUCUCCAUUCUGGGCACCUCAGAGAUGUGCUGCUUAAUGCUGUUGCUGCUGCUGCCAACAGCCGUGGCUGCUACAUUCUGAUGCAUCCUGCAGCCAUACAGCAGCAGCAGCAGCACCUGCGUCUGCUGCUGCCCGCUCACCAUGGAGACAGAGGGAUCCACUUAGCAGCAUUGUCAGCUCCAGCAAGCCCCAACUUCUUUGCGGCAGCAGAGCCGCCGUCAGCAGCAGCAGCAGCAACUGAAGCCGCAGAGUCAGCAGCCGAAGUCGUGGAGUCGGCUGCGGCAGCAACAGCAGCAACAAGCCACGCCCUUGCACCGUGGAAUGGGCCCUCGCCCAGCAGCAGCUGCUCACUAAGCGACAGCAGCAGCGCCGCGCUGCAGGUCGCAGAAUGCCUUCUAGCUGCUAUUGGCUGUGGGGUGGCAGUGUGCAGCCCGGAGGCUCUCGCAGCAGCAGCUGUUCAGCAGCUCGCAGCAGAGGCAGAAGCAGCAGCGAUCUCAGGCGCAGCAGCAGCUGCACCCGGGAGCAGCAGCAGCAGCUGCAGACCCCUGCAGCUGCUGGUGUCCCCCAUGGCCUUCGCCCUGGGCGAAUGCUCCUCAGGCCUCUCGCAGAUGUCCCGCCACUGGGAGGAGCUUUUGCUGCACCAGUUGUUCCUUCGCCACAGCGCCAGAAGUGGCAGCAGAAGCAGCAGCAGCAGCAGCAUCCCAACCUGUGUGCUCACGCAGAGCCGCACAGCUAGCCAACAAGCUGCCCUGGCCCUAGAGCUCAGGGGACUCCUCAGGCAGCUGCUGCUUUGCUGCCAGUGGAGCCAGCCCAUCCGGCAGCGGAUUCGGCAAGCCAUGGCUUUCAGCAGUGCAGUAUUAGAAAAGGGGCCUCAAGCGCUGCUGCAGGGAGCUGCAGACGACGCCCAAAAGCAACUCCAACAGCAGCAGCAGCACCAGCAGCAGGAGCAGCAGCAGCAACAGCAACAGCAACCGCACCAUAACCACCAUGCCAAGCAUCUUCACCACCAUCACCAUCACACGGAGCAGCAGCACGUCUCUGCAGAGACCCAAGAGUGGCUUAUAUCUGCGUGCACAGUUGCUGGACAAGCAGCAGCUGCAGCUACAGCAGCAGCAGCAGACGCAGCAGCAGCAGCGGAACCCAAAUGCCACAAAGACGAAGCUGCGCCAUGGGGCCAAGCUUUCUGUGAGGCUCUGGGUGCCCUUGCUGUGCUCGGAGGCUCCCCAGAGUUUUUGAGAGUUGGCUGCUCGUUGCAGGCCGAUAGCAGCAACGGCAGCGAGCUGCUGCAGCAGCAGCUGCUCCAAAGCAACAGACUCGUGCUGCUGUCGAGGUACGAAGGACUCGCGCUACUGCAGGUCAAGGAAGGAAACAGCUGCAGGCUGCAGCUCAGCCGCCUGACUGCAGGAACAGCUGCAAGCCUUUGCGAGACAGAUGGACACGUGAUUGCUGAUUUGCUGCUGAAAGGCGCCCAGCGGCAGCAGCAGCAGCAGCAAAAGCAGGAGCAGCACAGCCUCCAGAGCCCUGGGAGCCCAACGCAGCGGGCAGCCUGGAGCAGGUCUUUCCAGGCUUCUCUUGCCAAUACAGCCUCUGCAGCAGCAGCAAAUGGACCGGCAGCGGCUGCGCUGACAGCAGCAGCAAGCAGCAGCAGGACAGCAGCAGGCCGCAGCGACGAGACAGCAGCGCAGCACUCAGAGACGGAGGAACUGCUAAAGGAGAUAGUGAGGCUGACUGUUGCAGCAGAGAAAGGAUUGCUAGACGAAGAGCAUGAGGCAGCCAUUGCUGCUUUUUCCAAUUCAGCAGCAGCAGCAGCAGCAACAGCAGCGGAUGGAGUGACGUGGCUUCCUGCAGGGCGCGUGGCGUCUCUGUUGCUGCUGCAGCUACGGACCAUGGCACUCUCGGCGGUGAGCGAGCUGCUGCAGAGCCGACAAGUCGCCGCUUCGCUGCUGCUGCAGCAGCAGCUGCUGCAGUCCCUCUUAGUCGUCUGCCUCCGCCCCAUUUCUGUGCCCUACCUAGAAGGCCUCGAAGAGCUGCGGGCGCUCUCGCUGCGGCUGCGGCAGCUGCUGCGGGACCGCCUGCAUGGCUGCCUAGCCAUUGAGAACCGGCUGCUGCUGCGGCAAACAGCAGCAGAAGCCCUGCGGCACUGCCCCUUUGCGGGGCUGCCGCUGCUGCUGCCCAGUGCCUGGGAGAGGCGAACUGCUGAGCGUUUCUGCUGCCCCCCGGAGGACUGGAGCGUGCUGCUGCAGCACGUGCAGCAGCAGCAGCAGCAGCAGCAGGAAGCCGAAGCACGGCCGGAGAACGAACUGCCGCCAGCCUCCUUAUUCGCUGGUGAAGCUGGGGCAGGGCCUCGCGACAAGAAGCAGCAGCAGCAGCAGCAAGACGAUCAACUCUUGCUGCUGCAAAACGCCCAAAUUAGCUGCAUCUCUGCUGGACAAAGCCCGUCCGACACAUUAGUUGACACAGCAGCAGCAAAACAAGCCGUGGGAGGAAAAUCGGCAACAGCAGUAACUGCUACGAAGAAAGCAGCAACUGCUGCAGAUGUGGCAGCAGCAGCAGCAGCAAAGCAGACAGCAGCUGUCAUAGAGCACUGCAACAGGCUCCAAUGCACUGCCCAGGCUAACAGAGCAAUACCCACGUCUCUCCCUGCAUAUUACUUUGAGGUGUACAUUGGAUUGGAUUCGAAGCAGGAGCAGGAGCAGCAGCGGUGCAGCAGCUGCGGGGCUCCCUGCGUUGCUGCAGAAAAGGAAGAGUGCGCAGCAGCAGUGCAGCCUUUCUUAGCCGCUGCACAGCAGCAAAAAAAUCAGUUCGGGAGCUAUCGCGCUUGCUGCAGCUGCAGCAGCAGCAACACUAGCAAACAGGCGAGAAACAGCAGCACCAGCAGCAAAGAGCCCCUCGUUGCUGUUGGCCUUCACGUGGACGGCUGUGUGCUCAAGACCGGAGACAGCAGCCUUAGCAGCGGGUACCUCUACUGCAGCACAGGCUCGCUGCUGCACGGAGCUUCUGUUGCUGCUGCUGCAGCAGGUCGUGCUGCUGCCUACGGAGUAGGCGACACUGUGGGCGUGCUGCUGAAUGCAAAGCAGCGCCUUAUCAGCUUCACCAAGAACGGCCAACUAGUGACUGUCACCCCGUGGGCCGGGAGCAACUGCAGCAGCAACUGCAACAGCAACUGCAGUGGCAACUGCAGCAGCAACUGCAGCAGCAGCGUGGUGGCCUUCAAGGAGGUCCGCGGCUGCUUCCGCCCUGCUGUCUGGGCCUCCGCCUGGAGCGAAGGCUCCCCCUUGCGUCUACACGCAAAUUUUGGGGCUUCUCCGUUUUUGUAUCCUUUUGGGGCUUCUUUAAACAAUGCGGAUCUGCAGCAGCUCUUUGCAGACAUGGGGCUUCCCCCUGCUGCGCUGCAGCCUGCUGCGCUGCAGCUGCCUCGCAGCUACGCCAGCAGCGGCCAGGGAGGCAGCGGCGACGCAGCAGUUUCUGCUGUUGCCCGCGGCGAUGCUGCUGCUGCUGCUGCUGCACCUGCAGCAGCAGGCCACAGCGCUCGAGACAGCAACGCAGGUGCAGGGGCCCCAACAGCCCCCAUUCUUGUGGGGGCCCUCAGCCAGGAGGCGCUGCAGCGCCGCGCAGCAGCAGAAACACUUCACGAAAUGAUGGGCAGUGGACUCUUCCCUUUAGGACUUUGCGUCUCAGCUUUGAGGCUGCAGGGAGAUGACUUGCAAGCAGCAGCAGAGUGGCUGCUGACCAGCGGCGUGGCCGAGUUGGAGGCGAUGCAAAUGCGCUUCUUGGAAGAAGCAGACUUGCGGGAGGAGCAGGAGCAGCAGCAGCAGGAGCUGCAGCAGCACGAGCUCGAACAGCACGAGCUCGAGCAGCAGGAGCUUGAACAGCAGGAGCUACUGCUGCAGCAGCAGGAAGAACAGGACGGAGAAGAUUUCGAGCCAGCUGAGCUUUCAGGGGCCAGUGGCAGCACCGACAACAGCAGCGGCCGCAACAGUAGCAGCAACAACGAUGAAGACAGCAACAGCAGCAGCAGCAGCAGCAGCAGCAGCAGCCCAGGUGAACAUGAUAUCGCCUCUGCUGCCAGGAGAGGCACCGGUGCCUCCCUCUACGCGUUGAUGCAGCAAGCCAGCGAAAACGUAGCGCCGGAGUUUCAGCUGGACAAAAAUUGCAACAGCAACAGCAGCAGCAGCAGCAGCUUGUCCGACGAGAUAUCUGCAGCAGUGCUGCGCAGCACCAAGUGGUAUGACGACCUGCUCUCCGCAGCCAUCCGCCACCCCACCACCGGGAUGUCCGGGGCGCCCUCUGCUGCUGCUGCUGCUGCUGCAGGCGCGGGAAACUGGCGAGAUCAGCUGUGCGCCGUUGAGGGCCCCAGUGGGCCCCAGCUGCUGUCGCCCAAGGAGCUGCGGCUGGGCCUCCUCGUGCGUGUUCAUCCAGCAGCAGCUUCUCUGGUUCAUGGGGUUGCUGUGCUUCCAGAAGCUGCUCCAGACCCUGCAGCACAGGCAGCAACAGCAGCAGCAGCAGCAACGGCCGCCAUAGCAGCCAUUGAGGAAGGCGUGGGCCCAGAGAGGGCGCAGGCGCUGCAACAGUGGGUGCGGAGCACCAGCAACAACGUCAUCAGCAACAGCAGUACCCGCAGCAGCAGCAGCAGAAGCAGAAGCAGCGGCAGCAGCAGCGUCGACUUGUCAGCGGCGUGCCGCGCCGUGCAGGAGUUACUAGAGCCUCGGUCCCAACCAGCUGUGGGUGGCAGCAGCAGGGCCACCAGCAGCAGCAGAAGCAGCAGCAGCAGCGCCAGCAGCGCCAGCAGCAGGAGAGUAGUAACGACAAAUAUCGUCGAGGGCCUCGUGACAUCAGCAACAGGAGAUGUGCUGCUGCUGGAAGGGCUCGCGGGCCGCUGCGGCUGCAUAUGGCAGAUAGACAACUUCGAGGAGCUGCGUCUAGUGGCUGAGGAAGGCAGCAGCAGCAGCAGCGCCGCAGAUGCCGCAGCAGGGCCCCCCCUCCUUCAUGGCAUUCUUUCUCUCCAGCGGCUUGGGCAGCUGCCGUGCAGCAGCAUGCAGCAGCUGCUGCGGCUUCUGCAGCUGCUGGCGCGCGCGCUGCUGGCGGACGGGCCCCGCGGGCAGCUGGUCGACCAGCUGGGGCUGUUCGUGAUGCAGCAGCUGCGCGCAGCCUUCAGCCACCGGGUGUCUGUACACUGCGUCGAGUCCAAACACCCCUUCGGGCAGCACCAAGAAACUCUUGCUGCAGUUUCUUUUCUCCCCUGCCGCCGCCUUCUCGUGCUGCUGGACCCCCGCACGGACUUGGGGGGUUCUGAAGAGGGCUGUUCCCUCACGCUUUCUGCGGAGGAGGAAGACGAGGCUGUUGUCUUCUCUAUGAAACACUCAGACAGUCUCACCGGGUGUCGUCUGGAGGUCUUGGACUGCGGCCGGGUGUACGUACACUCCACGGGCAGCAGCCCGCGCUGGGGCUUUCGGCUGCUGCUGACGCCGCUGCUGCAGCGGCUCACUGACACCGAGGCCCUGCGGGGCUGCAACCUGCAUCUUGCUGCUGAGCUGACUCUGCUGCUGGCUGCCUGCACCCCCAGACACAAGCAAGCAGGGGUGCUGUUUCCCGUGGUGGAGUUCCUGCUGCAGCAGACUUCGUCUCUAGCUGACAGGCCUGCUGCAGUGUCUCUUUUGCGGCAGCUGUUCACCAUGUUGCAGCCCCUUUCUUACGCUCCCGCAGCGACUCUUCGGUCUCCCGAGGAGCAGCGCGUCCUGCGGCUGCUGCUGCAGCAGCAGCUGCAGCAGGCGCUGCAGCUCCAGCAGGGCCGCAGCGGCGGGGUGGAGCUGCCAGAGACCUACGCCUGCUGCUGCGCCGGGGGCAGCGGGCUGCCGCUGCACCGCAGCAGCAGCAUAUCUCGUCGUCUGCUGCAGCUGCGCGCAGAGGCUGCUGCAGCCUUCGGGUGUCUGUACAGCCGGCUGGAGGCAGUCACAAACGGCGGCUUCGCAGGCAGCACGAAGCUGCUGUCGGGCAUGGGAGUGCUUGCUGCUGCAGCACAGGCGGAGGCCUCGGGAGAGGAAGCAGCAGCAAGAGCCCGGCUUUCACCUGAGCUCAGAACUGCUACUGACACGCACAGGGAAGCCAGCAGAGACAGACUCAGAGCCACAACUGAUUUGCUGCUGCUCUGCCACGAGCACCAGCUCGACCCCCUCAUCCGCGCCCUCUGCAGCCUCUCCACACCGCAGGACGCGGGCGCCAGCAGCUCCGAGCAGCAGCAGCAGCAGCAGCAGCAGCAAGACGGGUACGACCCUGUUGAUUGCUUUACUCUAUGCCCUGCGGCCCCUGAACUCUCCCCGCUGGCCGCAAACCCUCAGACGGCGGCAACAGCAGCAGCAGCAACACGUCCUGAAGCAUGCGAGGGACAAAAGGAAAUAGAUGCCCAGAAAGCCACCGCAGAGGGCUUGUACAGUCCCCCGGGCCAACUGCAGGGGCAACAGCAGCAGCAGCAGCAGCCUGACGAAAGAAGGCGAGAUCAGUCGCGAAUACGAAUCGAUCAGCAGGCUGAGCAGCUGCAGACAGAGGAUGCACAGCAGCAGCAGCAACAGCAACAGCAGCAGCAGCAACAGCAAGAGCAACAGCAGCCCUGCGGCCAAAGACCACAAACAGGGUCUGAGUUCCUCUCCGCCCUUAGCCUCAAAUGCACCUAUGGCUCCCAAAAGCCUUUUUUCUUGCUGCCGUUUGCUGUUGACGGAUGCCCUGCGGUGAUUGGGCAGCGGCCGUGGCCUCAGCAGCAGCAAGAGCAGCAGCAACAGCCGCAGCAGCAGCAGCAGCAAAGGCGGCACCACCGGCAGAGACAACAUGCACAAUAUCAAAACGACGGAGAUCUCCCUUUUGCAGGAGAGCCUACGGGACAGCAGCGGCAGCAACACGAGCAGCAACAGGAGAUGAGCGAGCAGCAGCAACAGGAAUCGCAGCAGGAGCUGGGGCAGCAGCUGCAAGACUCGAUUGCCUCCCCAUCUAGAGACUCCACCAACACCUCCGAUCAGUCCACGGGAGCUGUUGCCUCUCAACAGCAGCAGCAGCAACAGCUGCAGCAGCAGCUGCAGCAGAAGCCGCAGCGGCUGCUCCCAAUCGGCAGCGCCCAAGUCUCCCUGCAGUAUCUGACUGAGUUCUUGCGGCUGCGGCUGCGAAUCCUGAAGGCAACAUUAGGGCCCCACGAUGUAACUUCUCUUCUGGGGGGCCUUUUGUUUUGUUUGGGUGGAGUCUCGCUGCAGCUGCCUCCAGAAAGAGCACUUUGGCUGCCGCUGCUGCAGCUUUGUGGCCUUGCUGCUGCUGCCCACGGGGCAGCUGCAGAAGGCGCGUCAGCCGCUGCAGCAGCAGGCGCAGCAACAGCUGCAGCACUUGGCUCCCGCGGCGUCGCUGGCGUGCAGCAGCAGCACAGCCAGCAGCACCAUCAACGAGAGCAGCUGCAGCAAGCCCCCGCACCCGAACCAGGAGCUGCGGCGACGCAGCAGCAGCAGCAGCUGCUGCAGCGCCUCACCAGCCACCUGUCCGCUGAGCAGCAAUUCCUUUGCUGCGCUGCGGUCACAGGCACCGGCCUUACGGGCGCAGCUGCAGCAGCAGAGCCCCACCAAGCAGCAGCAGCAGCAGCAGCAGCAGCGGCCCCCUCCGUGUCCAGUGCCCUGAGAGAAGCCCUGAUGAAGGAAACCCUGAGGGUUUGGUUUGCUGCUAAAAGAGCAGCAACAGCUCAAGUGGUCUUCAGCGACUACGCAGAGUGGCCUGUGGGGGCCAGUGUUUUCCUUUCGGCCUUUCCGCCUUCUUGGCUGAGUCGCUGUUUGCUGACAGUGGCUUUUUUGAAGCUGUUUGCGCUGCAGCGGGACGCUGCGCUGGAGCAGCACCACAGAGCAGCAGCAGCGGCAGCAGCAGCUGCAGCUGCUGCUGCGGGGGAACAGGGGAGCCUGGGCGGGGACCUUCUUGAGGGAAAUGAGCCCGCAGCCGCAGCAGCGACUGACGCAGCUGCGGUGGCCGCAGCCACAAAGGCAAAUGAGGCAGCAGCAGCAAAAGUCGCACCUUCAGAAUCAUCAUCAUCAGCAGCAAUAGCAGCUGCAGCAGCAGGAAAGUGGGAAAAACAAACACCGCGCCAGGGACUGGCCCCUUUGUGCAAUCUGCUGUCGAGGUUCUACUUGUCACCUUCGCAAGAGGCUGCUGCUGCUGCAGAGGCAGCCACCGACAGCGCGGCCUCCUGCCUGCCGCUGACGCCGCUGCUUCCAGCAGCAGCUGCAGCUGCAGCAGCAGCAGCAGCAUCUGCAACGGCUCCAUCCCAAACAGCAGCAAACUGCGAAGUGGGGGAACAUCAUAAGGGAGGGGUGCUACCGACAGUCCAAGUGGAAAGCGAUACCCGUGCUCGCGAUGAUAGCAGCAACAUCAACAGAACUGGCACUACCACUACCAGCAGCAGCAACAGCAGCAGCAGCAACAGCAGCAGCAGCAGCAGCAGCAACAGCAGCAGUAGCAGAAGCGGCAGCAGGAGUAGCAGCAGUUCAGCAGAAGCCGCUGCCGCUGCCCUGACCCCCCACCUGGCUGGCGUUCAGGAGAUGCUGCUGCGCUGCGUCGUGGAAACAGCAGCAAAGCAGCGCCACUGGCCAGUGUUUCCCGGAGUGGUUGUUGUAGGGGAGCCGCGCAGAAAAACGCCCUGUGCCGCCAGCAGCAGCAGCAGCAGCAGCAGCAGCGCGGAGAGUGCCUUGGCUGCAUGCAGAGACGCGUUCCCUGCACCCGUUGUCUCAGUGCCCCUCGACGCCAGGCCCCCCUGCACCUUUUCCUUUUGGCUAUAUGACGAUGAAGAGGAGCCGCCACCUGCGCCGCCCCCGCCGCCACCGCAGCAGCAGCAGCAGCAGCAGCAGCAGCAGCAGCAACAGGUAGCCGCUUCGCCACAUGACGCAGCUCAGCCGCCCCGGGGCAGUUCCCACACGCGGAGAGCUUCUGGAGCAGCUGCUGCUUCUGUGCAGCCGUUGCCUCCCCCACCUCAAGCUCCUGAGAGCAGCAACACCAGCAGCAACAGCAACAGCUACAGCAGUGGCAACAACAGCUACAGCAGCAGCACUAGGGCGUCGGGAUUCUCCGGGGCCCCCGACACUGGAGUGCUGCGCUGGCGGCCUAUGAGGCAGCAGCGCCCCGAAGCAACAGCCCCCAGUCCUGCCUCGACGGCGCCACCAGCAGAUUCCCGCAACCAGCAGCAGCAGCAGCAGCAGCAGCAGCAGCGGCAGCAGGCCCUGCUGCAGCAGCCGACAGUCUGGCAGCCCACAAACCGCAACUCAAGUCAAAGUGCUGGCAGGCAAGCAGCAGCAGCAGCUCCCCGAGGGGACCUCCCGUAUGUGGCGUCGCCUGCGCAGCCCCCUGGGGAUUCUCCUUUUGCAAGCCCCUGGAGGCUAGAAGACGCAGCAGAAGCCGCAGCAGCAGAAGCAGCAGCAGCAGCAGCAGUGCUAAAUGCGACCGCAGCUGCACGGUCAGCACCACGAGAAAGGCCAACAGGGGAUAACGCCCACCGUUACGGGGGAGGCGGCAUGCAGGUGCCCCUGGAGCAGCGAGGUUUGGUGCCCCAAGAACAGCAGCAGCAGCAACAGCAGCAACAGCAGCAGCAGCAGCAGCAGGGUCUGAGGGAGAACCAAAGCCUGUCGGGGUCGCAUGAGUCGCGACAACGGCCCACUGGACGCCCAAACCCAGUGGCGCAGUCAGAGUUGGAGCCGCAGCGGCAGCAGCAGCAAGACAUGCAGCAGCAGCAGCCGCAGCAAGAUGAGCAGCAGCAGCAGCAACAGCUCGAGGCGACGCACCACGACCAGAGGCUGGAAAUGCAGCGGCGACAGCAACAACAGGCGCAGCAAAGCCAGGACCAUUUGAACGUACAGCAGCGGCAACAGGGAACGCGGCAGCAGCAGAACCAGCAGCAGCAAUACGGCCACCAGCAGCACCAGAACUUUACGGCCGCUGUACAUCAGCAGCAGCAGCUGGAGCUGCAGCAGGAACCGCACACCCUGAACACGGAGCAGCAAUACACAACCACUUAUAUGGAAUACCAGGCUGUUGCUGCUUCGCUGCUGAGCAGCAAACCACUGGUGCGGCGGCGGUGGACCCACGUGGGCCUCAGCGUGGGGGCCCCCCUGGGCAGGGGCCUCCCGCUGGGGGUGCGGCUUUUCUUGGAUGGCAAGGAAGCAGCAGCAGCACCCAUCAGCAGCAGGUGCUGCCUCUGCCAGGGCCCGCUGCCUUUCUGGGUGGCCCCGCUGCCGCUGCCGCUGCGCCUCGAGGAGCUGCUCAAGCGCCCUCCCCACACCCCCCUCACCCAGCAGCAGCAGCAGCAGCAGCAGGCCCACCUGCUGCAGCAGCGGUGGCCCCGCUGCAGGGCUCACUCCAUGAGGGGCCUCAUGGCCGACCUUAGAGUCUACCCCACUUGCCUCAGCCAGCAAGAACUGGCGGCAAUGGUCACUGCAGCAGACCAGGCCUACGGCGGCGAGCGCAUAGCGCAGCUGCUGCACCGCAUGCGCAAAGACGAGGCGCACUGCAGCAGCAGCAGCAGCAGCGGCAGCGGCUGCGCCUGCAGUGGCAGCAGCAGCAGCACUGGGAACCGCAGCAGCAACCCACUACCGGGAGACUCCGUUGCAGACCACAGGGCUGCUGCGCAGCCGCGAAGCCGAGACCAGCAGGAGCUGCUGCUGCUGCGGCUGAGUCAAGACAAAGAGCUGCUGCAGCUGUGGAGGCGGCAGCGGCAGUGGAGCUGCUGGGAAGACACGAGGCGAUCUCUCCCCGCCGAUCCCCGCACCGUUCUCUGGCGGUUCUCAGGCGUGCAGACGCCACCGCAGCAGCAGCAGCAGCAGCAGCAGCAGCAGCCAGCAGUCAGGGGGAAAUGGGAACUUGUGUUGCAGCACGUGGACUGGCUGUUAAGUGAAGAAGUGCUCGCAGGGGUCUUGAGCAUCUUAGAAGAGGGCGGAGAGGCACUGCAGCAAGGCGAAGCAGCAACGGCAGCAGCACCAGCUGCAGCAGGAAGCGGGGGAGCGGCAGACGGCCGCGUCGACAUCGACAGCGUGCAGCAGUUUGAGACUUUGCUUCGACAGCAGGAAGCCAAAGGGCAGCAGAAGCAGCAGCAGCAGGUUGCUGCGCUGCGGCGGCGUCUUGCUGCUAACCCCAAUUUGUGGGGUGUUGCUGAGGUGUCUCUACAGCUCUGCAGGGCCUUCACCCAGUUGCUUGUCUCCAUUGGACCUUGCCUGGAGCUCUUCUCUCCCAGGCCCUCUUCCUUCUCCCUCACGCUUCAGAGAUUCAGGCAGCUGCUGCCUUCGAGUCUGAAGCACUGGCUGGUGAGUCUGUGUCUGUCGCUGUCGGAGGACUUGCGAGCUGACGGGCGUUUGCGCGUGGCGAUAAACCGGGCGCGGGCGUUGCGCGCAGGGGAGCGUGCUGCAGCAGCAGCGCCUGCAGCAGCAGCAGCAGCAGCAGCGGGCAGCAGCAGCAGCGGCCUCAAAGACGUCACCAUGCAGCUCGCCAGCCAGCUCGAAGCAGUGCCUCCCUGGCUGCUGCGCCGCAGCACCAGAGUCUGGUUUGUGGCUUAUGAAGGCGAAGGCGGCAUCGACGCAGGGGGCCUCUACAGAGACCUCUUUUCCCACAUUGCUGCUGAACUCCAAACUACCGGCAGCAGCAACGGCCUCCUCCUUCCCUCCCCCAACAGCAGGGGCUUCGGCGAGGACCAGGACAUGUGGCUGCUGAACCCGGGGGCGGUGUCUGCUGCGAGCCUGGGGGCCUACCGCGUGCUGGGGCGGCUCAUGGGCGUCGUGCUGCGGGGGCGGCUCAGCCUCGGGCUGGACUUGCCGCUGCUGGUGUGGAAAAGGCUGGUGGCGCUACAGCCCGAAGUCCGGGACCUCGAGGCCACCGACGCCCUCGCAGUCCACAUUCUCCGCAAACUGCUGGACCUGGAGUGGGAAGGCGUGGACGCAGCCAGCUUCAGCGAACUCUUCCCACUCUGCUGGGCCGCGCCCUCAGCCAGCGGCGCCGUCGUCGCGCUGCGGCCAAACGGCGGCGAAGCCCCCGUGGGCUGGGGCCAGCGCAGCCAUUACGUCCUUGCCGCCCUCGCCUUCCGCCUCGCAGAGGGGCAGCUGCAGGUUAGCAGCAGCAGCAGCAGCAGCAGCAGCAGGCGUAGGAAGCGCCUACAGCGCUGCAGCCCGCAACAGCAGCAGCAACAGCAGCAGCAGCAGCAGCGCGAGGCCUCCCCGCCUCCUGCCACCCUGCGCAUGGACUCGCAGCAACUCAGCCUCGAUGAGGCCCACUUCGACUUCUUAGCUGCCAAGCCGGUCCCACAGCAGCAGCAGCAGCAGCAGCAGCAGAAGGAAGGCCCUGCAAAUUGGUGGAUGGACAUACAGAAGACGUUCUCAAGCAUAUUCACCCCGGGUCAGGAGAACGGUGCUGCUGCUGCUGCUGCUGCAUCUGCAGCAACAGCAGCAGCAGGAGGCAGCGAGCAGCAGCAGCUGCAUGCUGCAGCGGCAGGUGCGGCCUUUUCCGCGCAGCAGCAGAAGGAAGGCCCUGCAAAUUGGUGGAUGGACAUACAGAAGACGUUCUCAAGCAUAUUCACCCCGGGUCAGGAGAACGGUGCUGCUGCUGCUGCUGCUGCAUCUGCAGCAACAGCAGCAGCAGGAGGCAGCGAGCAGCAGCAGCUGCAUGCUGCAGCGGCAGGCGCAUCAGCAGGAGCUGCAGCCACAGCAGCAGCAGCAGCAGCGCCGCUGCUGAAGGCCCCUCUCGGCUUCUCUUUCUCCCCUGCGGGCCUCUUAGCCCCAUAUCACUUCGGAGUGUUGAGCUACCUUUGCGAAGCAAAUGUAGUGAACCAAUACACGCCCCUUGCAGGGGCCUCAGCGGGGGCAUUAGCUGCUGUUUUGGGGGGUUUGCGUCUCCGCUUUUCGACUUCCAUUUCCUCAAUGAAGAGAAUGGGCGCGGACCUGAGAGCAGCAGCGUCCGCAGCGCGCAGCCAGCAGCAGCAGCAAGCGGCAGCAGCAGCUACUGCUGCUGCUGCCGCUGCUGCUGCUUCCUGCCCCCGCUGCUGCCCCCUAGGACUCGUCUGCCCCCCGCAGCAGCUCACUUACUACUACUGCGACCCCACAGACAGCAGCUUUGGCUGCGGCCCCGUUGCUGCUGCAGGCCGGCUGUGCCUCCCGGGCGCCUGCAACAGCAGCAGCAGCAGCAGCAGCAGCGACGACUGCUGCUGCGGCUGCGGCAGCCUGCUGCAGCUAAAAAACAACACUCAAGAGCUCCUCCAAAUGGCUUUAGAACCCGCAUCGCCCAAGGCGAUUGAAGAGCUCUUUGACUUAGGCAGAGCAGAUGCAUUCAGCUGCAGCAGCAGCAGCAGCAGCAGCAAGACAAGAAGGACUGGAAUUAUGAAGACUAAAAGGGAGCAGCCAACAAGGGCUGCACAGCCACGUUUGCUUUUUGUUUAG